GAACGCAGGUCCCGCCCUGCGCUCGACGUCUGCCCCGGUUCUGCGAAGACGGCACGCCAGUCGCGCGUCACCCGUGUUCACCCCCGCCUCCGACCCACUACUGGUUCGCCCCGCGUCUCUUACUCGUUUCUUCCGAAUGAGCUAAAAUAAAUCGGCUCCAGUGCUUUUUCUUACUGUUUGACGUCGAAGUUCACAGUACGGGGAGCCAGUGAGAUGAUCGGCUAUUGACGCUAAUCAGAUUGCAAACAUGCUUGCUGCUGCCGUAUUCUUUUUGCUGUUUACACUUAUCUCUGCCUCUGAGCUGGGAGCCACUUUUGGCGACGCGGCUGUCUCGCAGCUCGUUCGACAUGCGGCUGCAAAAGUCCUGCAAGAACCUAGAAUUGCUGAGCUGACUUUGAAAACACGCGAGUCCCCAUCACUUGGCUCGUUGGCUCAUCUCGACAUCACAAAUCGAAUCGCUUACAAAAACCUUUCGGUUGUCUUCUAUGACGACUCCCUUCACGUCGUCGUUGAUCGACUUUCUGUGCUGACCCAUGGCAACCUUUCCGAAGUUUUUUGGCCAUUUGCUUUGGGAGAACAAGUGAUUGACGUUGGAUUAGAGCUUCACCGAGGAGAAGUUCGGCUUGAUGUUGAAGAGACGUCGUUAUCCAUGGGAGAUUGCCUCCUCAUUGGUUCGGAACUAGCUGCAGCAGCUCCAGGACACUGGAUCGUUGAUAAAGGUGUAUCAGCAAUUGCUUCGCUAGUUCGACCAGUGUUGGAUUCAGUUCUAUGCAAUGCUCUUCGCACACAAAUUGGCAGCAUGGAAGCAAGCAAUGUUAUGCGAUUUCCCGUGCACGAGUUGAUUCCUAGUCAGCUACGACGAUAUGUGACCAAAAAUGAUACCACACUCUACUGCAGGCUGAAAAACUUGAAAGUAAAUGAACAUCAACUGACAGCUCGAGCGCAGUUGCAGUGGGUGGACAUAAAUGACACACCUGUGGUCUCACUGUUGGAGGAAUCAACUAAUGCGACAUUCCUUGAUCUACAGUUGAACGGGGACGAUCUGGUAACCAUUUGGCUUGAAGAUGGCAUCAUUAACGAACUUCUUGAUCAGGUGGACUGGACUUUUGAAUGGAUGAAUGAGCAAUUACCGGUCACAAGCCCGGUCAUACCACCAGAUUCAAGGGAAUUUCUAACUACGCUUUGUACGGAAUGCUACUUCCAAGUGAACGUUGGAGCUAGAGGUAGACCAUCUUUGAUAGCCACCAACUCUUCACUUGUUCUGGAAAAACGUGAUCGAGUGCAUCUCCGAGUAGUCAAUCCGAAUCGAAACUUAACCUCAGUAUUUGUAUCGUUCGUUCUGACUGUUCAAGCAGAAAUGCGGCCUUCAUUCGAUGGAGGGAUCCUGAGAACCCUUGUUCAACUACUGGACACCCACAUAGAAAUGGAAGUGGGAGCAUUUCCAAAAACCUGGGGUAUCUUUAUGCAAGAUCUCAUGAGGGGUAUGAUCAUGGAUAUGCUGUGGCCGGAAAUCAAAAAUGCUAUCGAGGAACUCAGCUAUGGAAAAGGAGUUCGCAUAUCGCGCGCUUGUGGUGUUGAUCCCAAUGAAAUCAGCCUAGACAUUGGUGAAGGAAACUUCGCUUUGACAUCGCGGCUGGAACUACAACAUUUAGAUAUGGACAAAUGCUUGCAGGAUCUGAAGAGUUCAUUGCCAAGCACAUCUAAGAUUUUUCAAAAAAUAGAACGAUAGUAAAUGCUGGCCUUUUAUGCAGCUGUACUUUUUUUGUUCAUGAACGUGUACUUCUAAAUGCAAAAUGUAUAUCUGGACCAUAUAGGAACAUGCAAUUGUGUUUAUCUGGGCCAUAUAGGAACAUGCAAUUGUGUAUUCAGAAA